AUGGGAAUUUUUUCGAGGGCGUGGCGAGGGGAUCUCCUUUCUGGAACGAUCUCCAAGCGGUCCGGCCAGCUUUCGCUCAGGGAGCAAAGUUCUCCAUUGUGGCCCGGCUCGGUCGUGAGGUUCUCCACGAACCACCGCGGUGGCGGGCUGCAGCAGUCGGAGGAGCUCAAGGUGCCGACCGAGCUGGGCUCUUCCCUGGACAUGCUGGAGUACGUCAUAACCGUCGGCGUCGGCUCGCUGGCGGUGCAGCAGACCAUGACCAUGGACACCGGGAGCGACGUGUCGUGGGUGCACUGCAACUCCAACUCCACGGCCGGGUCGCCGCCCUUCGACCCCGCCAAGUCGGCCACGUACGCCGCGUUCCCGUGCGGCGCCCCGGCGUGCACACAGCUCGGUGCGGAGGCCAACGCCUGCUCCAACUCGCAGUGCCAGUACAUGGUCCGCUACGGCGACGGCUCCAACACCACCGGCACGUACGGCUACGACACGCUGGCGCUGGGCUCGGACACGGUCAAGGGCUUCCAGUUCGGCUGCAGCCGCGUCGAGGAGGGGUUCGGCGACAAGACCGACGGGCUCAUGGGCUCCAAGGGGUUCCUGACGCUCGGCGUGCAGACCAGCACGGCGGGCUUCGCGACCACGGGGAUGCUCCGAAGCGAGCAGGCCCCGACGUUCUACGGCGUGCUCCUCCAGGGCAUCAAGGUCGGCGGUGAGCAGCUCAGCGUGGCGCCCUCCGUCUUCUCUGCCGGGUCCGUGAUGGACUCCGGGACCAUCAUCACGCGGCUGCCGCCCACGGCGUACACAUCGCUCAAGACGGCGUUCAAGGACGGCAUGAAGCAGUACCCGACGGCGCCGUCCAGGAGCAUCCUGGACACGUGCUUCGACUUCAGCGGCCAGGACAACGUCAGCAUACCGACCGUCGCUCUGAUGUUCGACGGCGGCGCGGUCGUCGACCUCGACGCGAACGGGAUCAUAUUCGGCAGCUGCCUCGCGUUCACGACCGAGCCGGGCCACUAA